UUGUUAUGCUUAAAUAUUAUGCUAUAGGUUUAAAACUUACAAAAUAUAUUUGAGAUAUUCUUACAAUUUUCACACAGCAAAAGCAAACAUUUUUUUUCCAAUUUUGAACUUCUCUGUUUUUGACUUACAUGUUUUUAGCAAAACUGUGUUUUCAUCCAUUGUUCUAUUUUCACUGUUUUUAUAUUUUUACAAGAGUUAGAAGAAAUCAAACAUGGUUCGAAUUAAUGUAGUGGAGUUUUACAGUGGCAUUGGUGGAAUGCAUUAUGCAUUACAAUAUGCCGGCAUAGACGCCGAUGUUGUUUCAGCCUAUGAAAUUAAUACAACUGCCAAUGCUGUUUAUAAACACAAUUUCCCAAAUACAAAAGUUUCACAGAAUAAUAUCGAAGCUGUUACAAUUGCAGAUCUCGAAAAGCUGAAUGCUGAUCUCUGGACUAUGUCACCUCCAUGUCAGCCGUUUACACGACAGGGUAAACAAGAGCACUCUAAUGAUCCACGUUCGAAAAGUUUCCUCAAUAUACUUACUAUAUUAUCCAAAAUGAAAACUCCUCCCACUUAUAUUUUAUUGGAAAACGUCAAGGGAUUUGAAUGUUCAAAUACACGAAACGAAUUUGUAGCAGUAUUAAAGUCUCGAAAUUUUCUUGUGCAGGAGUUUUUACUGUCACCCACUGAUUUUGGAAUUCCUAAUUCACGAACACGUUAUUUUUUAAUAGCUAAGCAGCAACCAAAAAGUUUUACUUUUUCAUGUACACAGUUCCCUCUUCAAUAUUCUACUGAAACAAUCGAUCGAAAAAGGAUUCCUUGUAAAGAACAAAGUCUGGAUCAUGAAAAUUGUGUUUGUAAACAUACAGAGUCAGUUUUGAAUACUUUUAAGCAGAGGAAAUUAUCAGACUUUUUAUUUAAAUAUAAAUCAGAUGAUUUCUUGGUGAAGAAAGAAGUAUUGUUACGAUAUUUUCCUGUUCUUGAUAUAGUUCACACAGACUCCAUUCAAUCGUGUUGUUUUACCAAAGCAUACACAAAGUAUUACCAAGGCACAGGUUCUAUACUGACCCAUCAGUCAAGCAAUACAUUGAGAGAAGCAAGCGAAAACUUCAAAGAAGCUGAAUCAAAUGACGCAAAGUAUGAAAUACUAUCUAGACUGCAGUUACGAUUUUUUACACCUGAUGAAGUUUCACGACUGAUGUGUUUUCCAGAUAGUUUCUCAUUUCCUCCGAAUGUGACAUCAAAACAAAAGUAUAUGUUGUUAGGUAACAGUGUAAAUGUUUUAGUUGUUGGAAAUGUUUUUAAAUGA